AUGGACGAUCUCGGGGGGCAACCACUAGUAUGGUUCGAUAUCGCUAGUCACGAGAAGGCGUUGACGCCCAAGACACCCGUAGAGACGUUUUACAACGAUAUCGACGACAAGAAGGUGUUGGACGAGUUGGUGGGCAGCCUCAAGUCGCAGGGCUACGGCGCGCUUUGGAGCAAGAGUACGUAUGCAGCGUGGAGGGCUGUGGAGAGCACGUAUGUGAUGUGUGAAAGGGAUGAGGCGAUUCUGGUGCAGGCGCAGCAGGGGAUGGUGGCAAAUGUGAAUAAGCUGAUUGAGGGAGAAGGGUGGGAAGGGGAGGAUGCAGGAGGUUACGGUGAAUGCAAGCCAUAG